GUAUGCGCAGUAUUGCAACAGAAUAGACAUUUGGGCAUAACGAUACAGAAAGCAGACAAGUCAGAACUGAAGUCAGAACACGGGUGCCGUUUGGACGCGAGCGGCUGGUCAGCGUUAUUUGUCUUGGCACUAUCAGUUGCUUGAAGUCAUAGGACACUCGCUCUAAGGACUUCGGCAGCAGUUUCGCUGCGCCCGGGAGCAUCCCCUAACGGCCUUUCGCCCUCGCGAGCGCCCGGACUUCCAGGAUGGGCAAAAUGGACCCAACCCAGAUGGACAGGUGGUGGAAGUCUCGGAUCCAAAAGGAGGAGCUGCAGUAUGGCGUGAGCAACAGCAAUGACGGCACCAACAAGCCCUCGCCGCGGAAUGAGAAGGCCGUUCUGAACACCAUGGGCACAGCCCAGGUUGUAAGCGCGGCAGAGCACCACCUGGCAGGCGCUGGAGCGCUGGUCCGGCAACAAGGCUCGCCUCGGGAUGCGGAGCCGCCUAAGAAGCCUGUCAGUGUGGCUGGCUCAGCAGCGCGGGGCGGCAGGGCGGGCUCUGUCGCGAGCCACGCCAGGAGCGGGGCCAACACGGAGACGGCAACCACGCUGAUGCGGCGGCUGGAGGGCCUGGAGGACGCGCUGGCUGAGGAGCGCAUGCGGCGGCUGGCGGCGGAGGAGGAGAUGCGGCAGCUGGUCGCGCUGGCCAGCACGCGCAAGAUGUCGUAGAACUGUCUGUCUACUGUCUAGUCUUAAACCGCAUUGUUGACACGUCACACCGUACGGUGGUGCUCUAGUAGUGGAUGGCGGCCCGGGGCUGCAGGCCCCCCCGGGCUCGUUGUGAUGGGAGCACGGCGUUUGUGAGCAACAAGGAGUAUCCUUUGCGUGCGCGCGCGUGUGUGUGAUAGGUGCGGCAGGCUGCGUACCGUAUGUGUGAGUGUGGGCGCAGCGUACAGUAUUGGAGGCAGCUGCUUGCGAGCGCAUGGGAAGGGGUGGGUGGGGAUGGAUGCACACUUACUUUCCGAGACUGAUGAACAAAGAUUACUGGGACUAGACGUGCGUUGGGACAGCAGCUGACUUGCGCCUGCGCUAGUAGGGCAAAGGAGGAUGCCAUGCCCCCAGGCCUAAACGUCAGGCCUGGGCAGGGGAGGGCCUCCCGCCGCAGAGGCCGGGGACUGUCCACAGGCCGGCGGAGCCCGAGACUUAUAUGGUCCCGGGAGCACAUCACCGCUACAAAUAGACAAGCCGUUGAUUGUUGUGACUUGCUCAUGACUGUCGUGGGACAUGACUGUGGUACACGGUGUGCAUUUAGAUGCACAUGACCAAUUGACCAUAACCCUGUUGAACACCUGGUGCGGUAUUGUAACGUAUGUGGUUGCCGUGCGCCAUACGUGGUAGGCAAGCAAGGAUGCAGGUCAUUUGAGCACGCGGGGUGCUGCCGGCUCGAGACCACAUGCCGCGGUGCCGGUCUUUGUUGGGGCGUGUGCGUAGGCUUUUGUGUUUACCAUUUGACUAAAUGUCUUAAAGCACGCGACUUGGUGGCAAAGGGAACCUUAAGAUGCACGCAAUGAUUGGCAGUGCAGUGUGGCGUGCAGGGGCAAAGGGAGGGAGGGAGGAGCCAAGGCGCGUUUGUCCUGAUGCAUCAUGGGUCAAGCGGCCUGCUGCUUCAUUUUUGCAGUUGUACCACGCACACUCUCUGGACCUUUUUGUGACGUUAUGAUUGGGCAGUCCAGGCAGUCGCAACUCGCCCGGCGUGGCAGUCGCUGGCCCGCACCGCA